GGAGGAGGAGGUGGCAGCGGUGCUGACGGUGGAGGAAAAAGCGUCGUAAGAUAGGAGUCGGUGGCGGCGGCGGCGGCGGAGGUGGAGGAGGACACGGCGCCGCGACGCGACGCGACGCAGCGCAGCGCAACGCAACGCAACGCAACGCAACGCAACGCAACGCAACGAAACGCAACGAAAUUCAACGCAACGCAACGCAACGCAACGCAACGCAACGCAACGCAACGAAACGCAACGCAACGCAACGCAACGCAACGUAACGCGGUGCGACGCGAGAGUAACAAGGUAGAGACGAACGAGUACGAAUAAAGAAAAAGAGCUGGAGGAGAAGGAGGCGAGUAAGAAGUAAUAGAAGAAGAACCGACAACAGCAGGGGACGAUCGAGAGCGCACGGAGGACCGCGUGAUCCAAAAUGGCGCUCAAUCAGGAGAUCGAUCAGUUGUCGAACAGCAAUCUCGUCGUGAGGAUCGAUCAAAAUUCAGAAUCCGAUCUACAGGCUCUGUUCGACACGGUCUUGAAGCCGGAUUCGAAACGUCCGCUUCAAGUGCCGUUGCGUAUGCGCAAUUUACCCGAUUCGUUCUUCAACCCACCAUCGACCGGCAGCAGAAGCCCGUCGAUCUCGCACUCGCGCGAAAAUUCGGCCGAUUCGGCUUUCGGCGCCGGCGGCAGCGGCGGCGCUUCCGGCGCGGUAACGGGGAGCGCCGGAGGACGUAACGCGGAAUCGUCCGGCGGUGGCGGCGGCAGUGUUGCAGGCGGUGGUAACGUCUCCGUCGUGGGUGGUGGCGCCGGUGGCGGAGGCGGGGGUGGUGGGGCCGGUGGUAGCGUUGGCGUAGCGAAUGGUAGCGGAGGCGGCCCGGCCGGCGGAGGAAGCGCCGCCGGCGGUGUCGGAGGAGCUGGGGGAGUUGUCUCGGCCGCGGCCGCAGCGGCGAACGCGAAUGUCAGCGGGGGUAACAGCGGGCCUGCUGGCGGAACGGCGAACGGUGGUCCGCCGAAUGGUGCGGCCGGCGCCUCGGCAGGCACGGCCGCGAGUGCGAGCGCCGGGAGCGGACCGGCCGGAAGCGCUGCUGCCGCUGGCGCGGCAGCAGCAGCAGCAGCAGCAGCAGCCGCGGCAGCGGCCGCCGCAGCGGCUGGUUUAACGGUCGCGCAUCCGCGCGCUCACAGCAGCCCUGCAUCCCUGCAGCAAACUUACGCGUCCGCGCAGCAGGCGCAGCAACACGCGCCGCAGCCGCACGCGCGUCACCACCAUCAUCAGAAGCAACGCAGUUACGACGUCAUCAGCACGGUCGACGACCUGGGACCCCUGCCACACGGAUGGGAACAGGCGCGUACUGCCGAGGGACAGAUCUAUUUCCUCAACCACCUGACGCGAACCACGACAUGGGAAGAUCCGCGAAAAACUGUCGCAGCUCAGAACGUGGCUCAAGUCGCCGCUCAGGUGGAGAGUGGAAAGUCUUCGGCUGCCGGCAAUACUUUAGGCCCUCUACCGGAUGGAUGGGAGCAAGCACGAACACCGGAAGGAGAAAUUUACUUUAUAAAUCAUCAAACGCGUACCACUUCGUGGUUCGAUCCCAGAAUCCCGACCCAUCUUCAGCGAGCUCCGUCAUCCGGUGCCAUGCUGCCACAAAAUUGGCUUCAGCAACCUACGGCUGGUGGUAUACCUAAUAACCAAACAUUGCAAGCUUGUCAACAGAAACUACGUCUUCAAUCGUUACAAAUGGAACGUGAGCGUCUGAAACAACGGCAACAGGAGAUCAUACGCCAGCAAGAACUGAUGCUUCGACAAACUACUACGGAUGCUGCCAUGGAUCCAUUUUUAUCGGGAAUCAGCGAACAACACGCGCGUCAAGAAAGUGCGGAUAGCGGUUUGGGUCUUGGUUCUGCCUAUUCGUUACCACACACUCCCGAAGAUUUCUUAGCGAAUAUUGACGACAACAUGGAUAGUACCAGUGAUGGCGGUGCUCCCAUGGAAACUCCUGAUCUCUCCACUCUGAGCGACAAUAUCGAUUCGACCGACGAUCUCGUACCGUCGCUACAGCUUAGCGAAGACUUCAGUAGCGACAUUCUCGAGGAUGUACAGUGUUUCAUAGGCCCUAAUACGAUAAAACCUGAGAACGUGCUGACAUGGCUCUAAGUAUGGACGCCCGCGGAAUUUGACCGUGUCGAGACUUUAUUGUUGUUGAUUCGCACGGAAAAAUACUGCGAGAUUUUUUCGCUCGCAAGGAAGAUAUGUUACCGAGCAGCGAGAGAAUCUCACGGUUCUCGUAACCCCGCCACGGUCGUAAGACGAACAGGAAAUCAAAAUGGAAAUACAGUGAGAGCGCAAAGACUCAGAGCGCUUAGCAACGAAAACGUGACGAUAGGACCAACGACAAGACUCCAAACGCGACAUCAACGAAAAUACUCGUCGCGAGAAGGCUACUCUUCUUCUUCUUCGACGACAGUGGUCAGUGGCGCCAAGGCGCGUUACACCUCUUUACACAACUAUACUUGCGUAACACUCGAAUAGUCGUGCCUUCCUACUCGUUCUUUCUAAAUCAAUCACACCCAUUGAAACAACAAAGAAACUAAUAUUUGAUAUGGAUGCGUCUUACUCGCCAUCGAUAACGCACAAUUUAUAUUUUGCGAUCAACCCAUUGUUUCUCAACUUUUAAAUGUUAUUCCAAUGUUAUGUGCGAGAACGAAGGCACACCUUUCUGACGCUUUUACAAUCUAUACGUAAGAAUGGCAAAGAUCUUUGGACUAUAUUUGUACAACGAAAAGCAGCAUCCAUUCAAUUCGAAAAUAAUGAGCACUAAGUAUUUUUUGUUUUUACUAAAUACAAACGGUAUAGUCUAUGUUUCGCGAGCAAGAUACGAUAAAAUAAAAGUUAUAUCGUAACGGAUUCGUUCGAAUCGUAGUCCAAAGUAAAUAUAUAUAUAUAUAUAUAUAUAUAUAUAUAUGUAUAUAUAUACAUACAUACAUAUAUUAUCAUUCAAUUUCGAUCAUACUCGGAGUAUAUUUUACGAGCGAUUAUAUGCUAACCGAAGUGCCUUAUCUCUGCAAUCUAUUUUCGUCGACGAUCCUCAGUCGUCGUUUUUCAAAGCAAUAACCGUCCAUACGAAACUUUGAUGUGAACAUGUGGUAAUUGUUAAAAUAAGUAACAUGUUUUAAACCCUUGAAACGUUUCAGUGAAAGGGACACGAAAUGAAUAUAUAUUUUUUUAUAUAUAUAAAGUCUAUACUUGUUACGAAUUGCAGUUAUAUUGGUAUUUUCAAAAAUCAUGUUAGAUCGUAUAAAAAGUUCUCUUACGUUUUAUACUGCACACGAUUAUAUAAUGGAGAUUACAAAAGAAGAAAAUAUAAUCAUAUUUAUAGAUUCUAUGAAAUAUCUUAGCCAUAAGAAUUUUUGCGCGUUAAAUCCGUUUUGGGUCUGGUGAAGCAGUCAGUUAAGAAGGGCCGUUGAAAUGUACUUUCUGUUUUCUCAGAAACGACGUAGCAGAGUUAUUACCGAUAAUCAAAGUGACUUGGUAAAAAAGAUAACACGCGUAUAGAUAUAUAAUUAGUUACGUGGCAGCUUAGCGUAUACAACUAAAACGAUGAAUGACGUGGCCACUUGGCGUCGCUAACGUAUCAUUAUUUUUCUGUCUUUCGAUCGUUGACGCGGAUGACUCUUCUUACGAAUUCCUAUCCGUGAGAAAACUUGAUUUGAAAAUGCGUCAUCGUGGUCGCGUUGAUUCACCGAAAAUAGAUCGUCGUGUACUAGAUAUAAAUUGCGUAUAUAUUGUAAAAUUUUUGUUUUCUCGCGAAGGCGACAAGCUCUCCCAUCUUUUCUCAUAUUUAAGGAAAACUUUCGGAGAUGCAUUCGUUAUAUUCAUUUCGUUAUUUGCGAAACUCUGAGAUUUGACAUGUUUUGUUUAAUAUCAGCCGUGCGAAUAUCGAAUAUAUGACUCAUCUAUACGAAAAAAAGCAUAAAAUUAUUAUUACAUAAAGUAUUCUCGUUUAUAUUCAUUACACUUUUAUGUUAUCGGAUAAAAAUUUCUUCAAGAACGAACAUUGCACGGUAAUUUAUAAGCAUGUCAAAAACUGUAAUACACGAUGAACGUAUUUCUUUCCUACUUUCUUUUAAUUUUUUUUUUUUUUUCUUCAUUUUACUGAGACCACUUAAUCUAAAGAGAAUAUAGACGAACGAUCAUGUCACGAUUCGUAUUCGUACCUCAUACUCUUGCCUAUUGAAAAUUAUUUUUUUCAUAUUAAUUGACAAAUUUCUAAACUAUAUUAUAUAUUGCAUAUAUGCUUAUACGUAUAUACAUGAAAUGCGUUUAUACAUACACAAAGACACACACAUACACAUGUAAUUUUCGUUUGAUCUGUUCAAAAAAGAAUUUUCGUAGCUAGAAGGGAUGAGGUACAAAUCUCGAGUCGAUAAAUGCGUUUACUAUAUAAGAAUGAAAGUUAAUGAUUUUUCAAAAUCACAUAGGUAAUCACACGGGAUAAUGGCCGAUUGUCGUCAUCUCGUCGACCGUUAUUGCGAAAAAAAGUUUAUUAUAGAUAUUUCUGUACACACUAUCGAUAAUUCUUUUUUUUUUUUUUUUUUUUUUUUUUUUCUUUUCGUUGUAAGUCGAAUAUGCAAUAACUUCCAGGUAAGUCGAAAUAAGUUCGUCGAGCUCGAAGGCGAUCAAACGGCGAUCCGCGAGCGACCAGAAAGAGAAAAAGUGUUCUUGAUCGAUCGAUCCAGUUUAUACUAUCCUUCGAACUAGCAUGAAUUUAUGGAUUGUAUGUCGAAUAUGUUAAUACGUCGUAAUACAUCCAUAGAGAAUGUACACAAGUUUUACUUUUUUCCGUUCGCACACGGGUCGACGUUCGUUCGAGCCAGGUUUUAUAAUGUAUUAUUUUAAAUAUGAAUUAACGAUAAUCUUACUUUUACGAUAGUGUAUCUUGCUUUUAAUCUAAACUGAACUUACUUUACGUUAGAGAGAAGCAUCGCGAAGGAAAUACCAUAAGUGCGGAUGACGUUCGCGAAGUUAAAAAGUGUUCGAUACAAAAUUGUGCAAGAUGACAAGGUGCAUUCGAGGAACUCCCCCCUUUUCUUAGAUGGUGAAUACGCAUCCAUAAUGUACGUAUAUAUAUAUGUAUAUAUAUGUUCGCUUUCAUGCACAUAUGUCUAUAUAUAUACAUACAUACAUACAUGCAUACAUACAUACAUACGUAUAUCUAAGAUUAUCUUUACGAGAAGCAAUUAGUUGUUUAAUAUCAGUAUUUAAAUAUGCUCAUUGGCGGUCAUUUGUGACGUACGUUUUUAUAUUGGUAACAAGUGCCUUAGUAAUAACGAUAAUAAUAAAUACGUUGUUUACUUACA